GUUGUUGACAUGUCCAAAGGCUUGUUGUGAUGGACUGCGAGUAAUGACUUCGUCGUCGUUCCACCCGUCAAGUAGACGCCACCGUGAGGACCAGACGAUGAUGAUAUAAACCGUCUCAUCUCCCCCCGUCUAUCAUGCUAUCUCAUCCGCAUCCUCAUCCUCAUUCGGUCACUCACCAGUCCUCACUCGCCCUCGUCCUUCGUCUUCUCCUCCUCGCUGUCUGCCCCCGCCCUAGUCCUCGUCCCGGCCACCUGCUGAGUCACAGUCUCCCACAAUGACUGGCUCUUCCUUCGUCUCGGCCCUCACGGCCGGCCUCGCCCUGGCCUCGACGGCCGCUGCUCUCCCUGCCGGUGCCCAGCAGGAGAGGGGCUUCACCGUCGAGCAGGUCCGCAACCCGCGCUACGUCCGCUCCGGCCCCCUCGCCCUCGCCAAGGCCUACCGCAAGUACAAGGCCCCGCUGCCCGAGGACCUCGCCAACGUCGUUGCCAACAUCACAGCCGCCGGCCUCGUCCAGCGCGCCACCGGCAGCGUCGCCGCCAACCCGCAGGAGUACGACAUUGAGUACCUGAGCCCCGUCCAGAUCGGCACCCCGGCCCAGACGCUCAACCUAGACUUCGACACGGGCUCCUCCGACCUCUGGGUCUUCUCCACCUCGACCCCGUCCAGCCAGCGCAACGGUCAGACCGUCUACGACCCGAGCAAGUCCUCGACCGCCUCCCGCCUCUCCGGCGCCACCUGGUCCAUCGCCUACGGCGACGGCUCCAGCUCCAGCGGCAUCGUCUACAAGGACACCGUCACCGUCGGCGGCCUUUCCGUCACCGGCCAGGCUGUCGAGGCGGCCUCGACCGUCUCCGACUCCUUCACCUCCGAGAGCGACCUGGACGGUCUGUUGGGCCUCGGCUUCAGCAACAUUAACACCGUCGAACCCACUCAGCAGAGCACCUUCUUCGACACGGCCAAGUCCAAGCUGGACGCGCCCCUUUUCACUGCUGACCUGAAGCACAACAAGGCCGGCAAGUACAACUUUGGUUACAUCGACAGCUCGGCCUACACCGGCGCCAUCACCUACACGUCGGUCAACAGCGCCAACGGCUGGUGGCAGUUCACCUCGUCCGGCUACCAGGUCGGCUCUAACAGCUUCGUCACCAGCUCCGUCACUGGCAUCGCCGACACGGGCACCACCCUCCUGCUGCUGCCCAGCUCCAUCGUCACCGCCUACUACAGCAAGAUCACCGGCGCCCGCUACGACUCGUCCCAGGGCGGCUACACCUUCCCGUGCUCGGCCGCCGCGCCGUCCUUCACCUUCGGCGUCGGCAGCGCCCGCGUCACCAUCCCCGGCUCGUACCUCAACUACGCUCCCAUCAGCACGAGCACUUGCUUCGGCGGCCUGCAGAGCAACACGGGCAUCGGCAUCUCCAUCUACGGCGACGUCGCCCUCAAGGCCGCUUUCGUUGUCUUCAACGGCGGCACUAAGCAGCUCGGCUGGGCUGCUAAGACUCUCUCCUAAAUUUACUUUGGGGCCGAUGAGAGCAAGAGCGAGAGAGUGCGAGGAUAUCUAAGCAGAUGGCGGUUCAGCAAAAUUGCAGCCCGAAUAAUCUAGACUUAAGGACUCGAGGACUGGAUAGAGGACGCGGAGGGUUCGGGAUGCAUUGUCCAAUGGCCAUUCAUCAAGACUUAUCAUGUGUCCGCCUACAUAUGUGAUUCCUGUUCAUAUUAUAUUAGCGGAUUAUUGGCGAUGAUGAAAAGAAGCUUAGCUGGUUAGUCUUCGUGAACAAU